UACAAACACGAGUGUCUUCGUGAAUCAGCGCGCGAAGCUGACGAGGGUGCAACAACGAAACAAAAACUAUGUAUGCGAUUGUAUUGCUACCUGCGUGUGCUUGUAUUAUGUUACGUACCUACCCUUAUUUAUCGAUAACUUUGUGGGAGUGAAACACGCGAACUCGGAUAAGGAAAAGCUGGAAGUGACGCGUUGCGUCGUGUUAAUUUUAUACGCACACGGAAAAAGGCAAAAGCGCGCACGUUCCCGCGCUUUGGACGGCGCGCAAAACUCGUAUUGUUUGCGCAAUUUGCGACGCCGGACAGGAAUCAUCCGUCGGACAUAUUCCCGUCUCUGGGCGCGAAAGUUUUUUUUGUCACUGUGCGAAAGCUUGCGCGGUGGUGCUGGCAAUUGAACGAGAGAGGAAGAAAAAAAAAUCCAAAGUCGCGCAGCCGGCUUGUGUGUGAGGAACGCGAGAUGUGCGAGGAUCGGUAGUUACGGUAAACGCGAAUAAAGGCUAUUAAACGGAACGGAGAGGAGAAAGACGUGACGAAAUGGCCACGAUCUUGGGCAUGACUUUCCCGAAAAUGUUGAAGACGUUACGCGAAAAUGGCAAUGUUAAAGAAAAACGUGAGGUGUUAACCUAUAUCUCAAGUCAAGCUAAAAAAUUAGAGUUGAGUGGUGUAAUCAAGGAAGAACGAUAUAAGGACUUGUGCAAAGUGGUUGUGGAAGCAUUUACAAAACAUGAGGGAAAUUUACAGAACGAGGCAUUAAGAGCUCUCACUGUCAUUGUACAAGAAUUCAAAACACAUUCUUUACAUCUCUUUGAAGCAAUGUUACAAACAGAUAAAAAAACAAGAUUAAAAAUACUCAAGUUGCUGGAAGUAGUAGAGGACAAUGCUGUCACUGAAGUUGUCAAUGACGAUCAAGCUGUAAACUUUUUUAAAGACUGCCUACAAAAUGUACAGCCUAGUUUAAUGGAGUGGAUAAAACCAACGGCUUGUGUGGAUAACUUGGAUAUGUUGACAAGAGUUGAACAACAAAUAAUGUCCGAUGAACAAAAAUUAGAAGAGGAUGUGAUAAAUUACUCACUUAGUCUUUUGAAAAGAUUGUACAAAUUAGCUUCUAUGACAUUUGAUCAAAAUAUUCACAGGUUUGAUGAAUUACUACUGGAUAAAAUAGUAAUGUUGGCCUACAUGGGACAUAAACGUCAACGAGUUUCUGCUUUGAGAGUUUUACAGCAAGCUGUUGUAACUAAUUCAUCAUCUUAUAUUUAUAAAGAAUAUCCUCAGUUGUGGACGCAGUAUAAAAACAAUUUGCAAUCCGUAUAUUGCAAACGUAUGUUAUUACUCGUAUCAGCGUGCGAAGCUGAUUGGGCUCUUCAGUGGAACACUACUAUUCAGUUUCUUGGAACAGAUCUUCAUUGCGGUGCCAGUUUCAUCAAUAAUUUGCUAAGUGUUGAAGAAAAAGCUUUCAAAUCUACCGAUCCUAUUAUAAGAAGACAAGCUUUUCUUUCAUGGAAAUUGUUGAUUGACAAUUUUGCUUUAGAUCAUCAAGAACUUGCUACUCCCAGAAGAAUAAAGUUAUUGUGUAUCCCAUUAAAUGCCAAGAAUAGUAAAACUGAAUUAAUUGCACUAACAAAACUAGAAGUUUGGUGGCACUUAAUUAUUAAAUUGUACAAAGACAUUGCAAAAUUUGCUACACCUGUUAUCACACAAUUUUUAAACUAUUGUUUUGGACCGCUUGGAGAUACACCUCUGCUUUCUUUUAAAUUUGAUGUUGUUGCAUCUCCGGGCAAGAGAUUUUUAAAAACAAAAGUGGUUGCUGUAGAUGCCUUAUGUCAGUUAGUUGUCAAAAAAGAAGAUCUUAUUGCUGUUUGUGCUCCAAUGUUAGAAGAAAGACUUCCCCAUCCUAUAUCCGAUGAAGUGUUUCAAGAGUGUACCAAAAGCGUCAUUCACAGUAUAGGAGAGGCUCUGCUCAUUCUCGGUCAACUUACAGACCAAGAAAUGAAAAAUAGUUUCCAACUUGGCAAAAAAUUAUGGACAAAUUUGUUGACGUAUAUAAGCAAUACGAAACUUGAAACAAAGGACCAUUUGUACAGGGAUGUGAUAUUAGUUAUAACUGAAUUAGGAAAUCAUACAGAUAAACAAAUGAUAAAAUUGAUGAUCUUUAAUGUGAUUUUACCGGACAUCAUAAAACACAUUGUUAAUAAGGUCGAAGGUCACGAUAACAUAUUGUCAGAAAUGGUAUUAAAACUUCUAUCAAUUCCAGUAUUUAAAGAAGUGCCAAAGCUUAUUCCGGACUAUUACAACACAGUGAAGUGCCUUCUGACACGGUGUAUUAGUUUGAAAGAAUUUCCACAUUCUAAAGGUUUGUUUGAUUUUUUGGAAACAGCAAUACAACAUGUGAAUGCAACGAACGAUUUAAGAAAUAAGGUAGCUCUAAAUUUAGGUAGUAUAACGCCAUCACCCAAACUAAAUUUAUGGGUUCUGAUGUCAGAAAUAGUAACAAAAUUUUUAGCAACAAACUCUGAUAUAAGUGAACACGACAAGUUUUUUAAAACUGUGAAAAAACUUUUGUCAUUGCCGUUUCAACAUUCCACGGAUAAUCACGCUCAGUUGCAAACUCAAAUAACUACGUGGAAAGCUUUAUACAAACAGUUCGAGUCGCAUCCAGCUUUGACAGUAACACCAAAUAGAAUCGUACUGGAUAUUUCAAGUAUGAUGCGAAAUUUUUUGAUCGCAAACAAAUGUUGUUACACUUUUGUUAUAAACUGUCUGGAUGUUUUAUUGGAAAGCUUUAAUUACAUGUAUUUACUAGGUCAGGAUGAAAUUCCACCCAUUUUACAACUGAUAUUAGACAUUGUAACAAUUUCUUUUAAUGAUAUACAAAAUACAAGACCUGAAUUAGCUCUGAAGACAUUAACCACUAUUCUUAAUGGCGUAUAUAAUCACAAUAUAGAAAAAACAAUUUUGUAUCUACAUUGUUGCAGACCAACAAUUGAAUUUAUUCUCACAUCGCGAAUAAAAGGACUUUCUAAAGAAAUCACAACUAUGUGGAAAUGUAUAAUCAGCAUUUUUAAGGGUCUCAAACAGCAGUUGAAUCAUGAACUUUUAUUGUCGUACAAAAUGACAUUCGUAGCAGCUAUGUGUCAUCCGAACUCUGAUAUAAAGUCUGCGACACAGUCCGUUUUUGAAAUAAAAGAUGGCUUAAACAAUAAAGCUAAGAGCGCGUUGGAGGAAAUAAAAGAAGCUGUAGAAAAAUCUGCAUCUCAUUCAAAGUCUGACAUUAAGAAGAAACAAACAACAGAAGGAGCGAAAGAGGUUCGUAUGUCUAGGAGUAUUUUGACUAGAAAAUCGACCAAAAAACUGGCAAAAUCCGAUAAACCGGCGAAAAGUGAUAAAGCGUGUUUAUUAUCUGAGCCUGAUUCGCAAGAUUAUGUGUACAUAAAAACGGAGUUGAAAUUUGAUGUCAAUCGCUUGACCGAGCAUCAAAAAGAAACUUUAAAGAAAAAGAGAGAGGAUAUACCAGCGUUGUACAAUGAUCUCUCUCAAUCAUCAUCGCAAAACUCGCAAAAUCUGCAAGAAUGGUUUGAUAUUAAAGCCAAGCAUAUUAACGAAUUGGACAAAAAUAACGGUAAGACCAACGGUGAGGCUAACAAGGAAAACAAGGGUAGCGGUGCACAAACAUCGGAAGAACUUACGGAUAUGGUGGCAAAGUUAGUUGACAAUAUAGUUAAUAACAUCCAUAAGAGUAAAUCAGAAGAAAGCAAUGUUGAAAAUAUCAUUAGCCCAAAACAAAACAAAGAGUUAACAAAAGAAUCAAAGAAAGAUGAUUCUAAUGAGGAACGAGUUAAACGUACAGACACACCGAAGCAAAUCAAUUUGUCAGUAUCCGUGGCAUCUUCUAGUAAACAAAAUAUAUCGUUAGAAAAAAAUGAGGAAACAAAUACCUUGAUAUCUGUCGCAAAAAAAUUAAAUUUCGAAUGCCGAGAGGAAUAUCCCGAACAGAAAAUAGAACGAUCAUCGUCCCCGUCGAUGUUAGACAGUACGAAACGACGUCGUUCGAAUGUAAUAAAAGUAAGUUCGUCUUCGAAAAAUGAAGAAAUCGAGAAAGAGAAAGAUCCAACGAAUUUUGUGCAUAACAAAACAUUAAGAGACAUUCAGGGAAAACCUGGCGCGAGCAAUAAACAAUCAUCGCUCGACGACAGUGAUAUUAAAGACGGUGACAAUAGAAAAGGCGUUAAACGUAAAUCUACGUCAGAUACUGAAUCAGACGUCGGAAUCAUGCAACGUCGAAAGCGAAAAAGUACUGGCGGUGAAACGUCACAGAGCAGUGAUAACGUACCUCCGGACAUAAGUAUAAGUCAGCGUACGAAAAAUGAAAUGUCUCGUUUAAAAAUCGACAUGGUGUUUGAUUGUAAUUCAGCAAAUCGCCGUCGAGUCAAACAUUUGGAUGACGAAAAAGAGACGAGCUUGUCUGGAGUGAAAAAAUCUGAUCAAGCCAAAAGGCGUAGAAAAACAAUCACAAAACAAACAAAUAAGAGUAACUCGGAUGUUGUCGAAAAAUCUGACGAUAAUGCUGACAAAGACUCGGAAAUUUCGUCUGAUGCAAGUACGACGACCGUGUCUUCAACGUCCAAUCAAGAAGUACAAGAUGUUACGAUUAAUAAAAUACAAGAUAAAAAAAUUGACGAAGAAAAUUUGGAAUCUGUCUCAAGUGAAGAAUCUGCGGAACUUCCUGAAUCAAACGAAAAGACUCGAGAUGACGUGGAAGAUGUUGUUGAGAGUUCACAAGUUCCUAGAAGCGGAUCGUUAUUAGAUAAAUUAUGUAGCGAGAAGCAAUGCUUUAUUAAGAUAAAAAAAGUAACGAAUGUUACCGCUAUUAAAACUUCCGAUACAAUUGCUGAAAAAGAUUAUGUACCUGAAUCUACUCUUAUGGAUUAUGAAAAUGAUGUGCCUGAGUCAUCCGAGCAACAAACAAGUGAAAAUAAUUCCAAAGAUAAUGUGGAAACGAAUGACGAAGAAAACAAAGAUGGUGCUAGUACAGAUCCGAUUCAAGAAAUUGAUCAUUCGAUUACAAAAUCUACAACUGUAGUUUCGGAAAAUCAGAAAACACUCGACAAUUUGUCUUCGAGUAAGUUUUCAAGCAUUUAUUCCUCGCCAAAAAGCACAGGCAAAGUAUUUUCCAAGUCCAAGUCGUUUACUGGACGUGCCGCUCAUAUGUUGGGUUUAGUUACGAAGCAAUCUCUGAUCGAAAGCGAUUUAACAUUUGAUGACGAAUCGAUAAUAAGGAGAGCGAGGCCCAAGGAUGCAGAAAACGAAACGUCAGCGAGCAAAAAAAUGUUAGCAGUUAAAGAAAUAGAUAAAAUAGGUGGCCCUUCCGGUAGCCGACAAGAAAAGAUGUUCAGCAACAUGAGAUCAGUUGAUUAUUCUCCAUCGAGACACACGUUUGCCACUUUGAAGAAUGAUGGCGAGAAACUUUCGUACAAACUGGAGAAAAUUAUGUCCGAAUCUUCAUCGUCAAUAGAAACGUCAGUUGACAAGGAAACCGAAAAGAGAGUUUCACCUUCUCGUGAGAAAAGCGAUCUACCAAUACUGGAAUGGUCGAGCGCUAAUCCACCCUCGUUAACCGCAUCACCAAGUGCUAGUAUUCUUAAACGUCAACGAUCAAGCGUAUCGGAACUGGAUUCAGAUUCUACUCCUAAUAAGCGAAAGCGAGUAAGCUUUGCCGAUCCGCCUGUUUCGAAAGAGAUGGGUUACGAAAUCUCCGCUACGGAAUCUCCACAAAAACCAUUCAAAUAUUCUACAUCACAUAGUCCUAUGUUGAGAAGGGAUUCGCCGUUUAGAUUCAAACAAAGCAGACUUAAACCACUUGAUGUUGAGAAAAUAACGGUUGAAAAUGAUGCUCAGCCUGAAGGCAGUUCUGAAAUUGCUUCAGAAACCGAGAAAAAGGAGUCACCAAUGAAAAAAUCUGAAACAUCUUUCGAGAUUAUGAACGUUGAUGAACAAGUAUCUAGUAAUGCUGCAAAGAGUGAUAGUACCGCUGAAAUAAAUUUCCGUGCGAAAAUUAUCGUUGACGAAAAUCUAGAGUCUACGCAGGAAGUUGAAGUAACUACGAAUUCAGCAAUUCUUCUUAUUCAAGAAAACAAACAGAUUUCACCGUCAGAAGAUUCUGCUAAUAUUGCAGAUGUCGCAACAGAAGAUUCCGAAACGCAAGACAUCUUUGAUACGAGGAGUAAUACCCCACCAAUCUGCACUAACGAUGAUGCUCCCACGAAAGAUGAUUCGGCAAACUCUAUCAAACUGGAUGUAACCAAUGACUCUGUGAUAGCAGCUUUAUCUACCAAAGACGAUACGCCAAAUAUGGAAGACACUAUAGAUGUUGCGAAUAUCACCGGAUUGACGUCUGUAAAUACAGAUGAGAUAUUUUGCGGAAAACUGAUACGUACCAGCACACAGGAGAUGGAAAACAUAGCGGAACAGGACACACUGUUAGUAACGGAUUCUUUGUUUGAGAGCUUAUCAUCAGUAAGUCAAGAGACUGACAAUAAUGUGGAUCUUGAUCCCGAAUAUCUGAAUUCCACACAACCCAUCUAUCCGACAUUGUCAUCAUGCGAGGAAUCUAUCAAUUCGAUUCUCGGACAGUUGACUUAUCCUUCUUGGACGGGUAUGCUAGGUUCAUAUCUAGAGAAUAGAAGUGUGCGGACAAUUGGUGAUCUUGCCCAGUUAUCGGAGCGCGAAAUCAACAGAUUACCUUUGAAAAGCAAAUCAAAAAUUAGCUUAGUGAAGGGAGCGCUGCAACAUUUCGAAAAUAAGAGCGUGUCACAAGCAAAAGAUAAUUCUUCGAAUAUCGAAGAUUCACCGUCGCUCGUAGAAGAAACAACAAUAGUGGCAACAACAUCUGACGUCGAAGCAGCAUCUGUGACAACCGAAUCCUUGAAUUCUAGUACGUCGCUUAACCAGUCGGUAUUCGAAAAACUCGAUGAUUCAUUGAGAAAGAAAUCAUCUACAGAACAAAUAGAUGAAACAGAUUCUCUCACCAGUGACAUGGAAGUUUCACCGGAACACGUGUUCGUGAAAAAAAUCGAUUCUCUAGUAUCCGCAACUUCUACGGAAGAUGUAAAGACGAGCACGAAGGUGUCGAUCAUUGCUGAAGAUGUCGAUUCACCUAGAACAUGUACAGAUAACGCUAAGUCCAUGUCGUUUUCAGCCUUUGAGAACACCGAUUUGAGCAGAGAAACAUCAUCUACAAGUGCCAGCGUAGAUGUGUCACAAGUCUCUAUCGAACCUUCAAGAGUGUACGAUGAACUUCUCAUCACGCACUCGUCCAUUGGAACCAACACCGACGAAGUGAAUCUCUCAACCCCGACCGUUCAAAAGGCUACACGGUCAGUGGAAUCUCAGAUGGCGCUUGAAGAAUUAUUAGACGAAAUUGAUGUAAACUUGGUACUGGAGAGUGCAGUUAGAAGAUGCACUCCUGAGGCACUUAUGACUCAUUACAAGGGGAAGAUGGGACUUUUAUCAGAGUCGGACUUGAUAAAAGAGACUCUCAAAAUGCUCUGUUUGCAGAAUACACAACGACUCAAUGACGCGUCAUUGAGGGCAGCUUGUCACGCAUGCGGACUCAAUAAAGUACUUCUCAGAUUACCUGACAUUUUCAGUAAUGACAAACAGUUCUUUGACAAGGUACUCAAUGUGUACAGCAAGAAGCUUAACUUGGACAACUGUUUGAAUAUCUUCGAUUUUAACGAGGUGAAAAAGACCGUUUCUCAGAAAUGCACGUCAUCUGAACUUGUUGAAAUGCUAUCGGAAAAAUUGAAGGAAGAAGAGAAAGAAGGUAUCAAGCAACCUAUGCCGGAACUAUCGAGCCUAGACGCCAUGUUGCAGAGAUUACCGAUGGACGUAAUCAUUAGUCAUACCGUAGCGAAUGAGGAACUUAUUCCGGCGUCGGUGGUUCUGGACAUAGCUUUGCAGAACAACAGCUCGGAAUAUAUAGCACAAGCAUUAAAACAAUCUCCCACUUUGGCUAAGCACGUCUUUGACAAAUUAUGGUCGUCCCAAUUCGCGCUCGCACGUAUCGACAAUGAUGAAGUAUCCAAAAGAAGCUUACUUAACAUUUUUAAGAGCGUAAGCUCUAAACUGACUGAACAAGAACUGCUGGACGCUUAUUACGAGGCUAUGUCAAAGAAACACUUAAAGAGUGAAAGAGAAUAGACUGGAAUUGGUGGAAACUGCAGUUUUAGAUUCAGUAUCAAAUAAUAUGACUGAUGUUUUUGUAGUAAAUAUUUAUAUCUAUUAUAUUCCUAAAAAAAAUUGCUUUUUCUUUAUCUCAAACCCUUGUCAAUCCAUGUGUUAGAGAUUGUGAAUUGGUAAUUCGAAUCUACACUAAAUCAGGCCAAAAAUUCUUUUAAUUACUCAUAUUUCAACUUUCUCAUUCUCAAUCCUCAAUAAGUGGCUUAAUUAUUGACUCAUUUGACUUUGUCUCCAUUUAUUUGUGACAAUUAUGGACUUUUCAUUUGCGUCUUGUACUCAUGUUAUUCUUUUUUUUUUCUCUAGUUGUUACCACCGUAGUUGUAUUAUUGAUUUUAGUUCUAACACAAUUUAUAUUAUAUAAGGAUAUAUAUAUUUAUAUGUAUAUUUACAUUUGCCAUAAUUCUGUAUAAAGCAUAUAUGUUAGAUGUUAUACACCACAACACAUGUACUCGCAAUAUCUAAUCAGUUUUUUUACAUGUACUCUACAUUUUUACUGAAAGAGAAUGCUUUAUUUUAUACAUAAAUCAGAAUUUGACUAUUUGAUUGUUGUCAAUUGUUACAAUCUAAAACAUCUUUAUUUUGUAACUUUGUAACGCUUGCGUUAAGGACGUACCGCGUGGGUUGUGAAUCUGCACAGGCGAAACGUAUGACAAAAAUAAGAGCGAGUUUUACCAUCUUCGAUUAAUCAUUGGAAUGACUAAUCGCAUCACUCGUUUAGCAGAAUUGAUUAAUCGCGGUUAUUCUGGAUUAAAUUAAUCCAGAAAUAAUGAAACCAUCUGUCCUAAGAUAAGGUUGAUCUUAUCGAUAAUUUCAAUAGUCUUGAAAUACGUUGAAGAAGCAAGAUCACUAAGCAUUCUCGAUUUAGUAUUAGAAAACCUAGCUAAUAAAUAUAAGUUUGUUGAAAACAGGUUUUGUUAAAUGACAGUUGGCAGCAAAUCCUGAGCAAUGUGUCAAAUAUCAGAUUGAUGCUUAAGUAGUACAUCGAAACCAUAAAACAAAAUUACAAAUUUUUUUUGUUUUAUUUUUACUUGUUAGAAAGUCUCGCUUAACUUAAACCAGUUUGAUUAAUAUUGAUGCUUGAGAAAAACGUUAAAUAGUUUGAACAAAUUUUAAAUUAGUCGAAUUGCUCUCAAAUCUUCUCAAGCUCGAACAAUUAAUUUCAGAUCUCGAGCUUAUCCAAACAGUUUGCAUAAUUCAAAUCUUUUUAACAACUGAACCGAUUUACGUGUAUAAAAUGAAGAAAAAAGUAGUGUUGAACAGAAAAACAAUAAUAUACAUGAAUUUAUUUGAGAAAAUCUGUUUUAUCUACGCUCUAUCAAGAAAUUUGUUUGCAGAAUGUUAUUUCUAUUUCGUCGAUGUUGUGAUUACUCUAAACAAAUUAGUACUCUAAUAACCCGGUAAAGAUAUAUCCACAGAGGUAAUAUGUAUGGCAUGAAGUUUGCAAUUUGCAUAAAGUUUGUCAGUUGCACAGUACGGCACAUCAAUGUUUUUUGGAAGUAAGGAUUUCUUUGUCUGUGCGUGUGACACGUUUUUUACCAUAUUGAUUAUUGAAACAAGUCGUUUCAAUUUUUUUUAAUUACAUGAGAUUAAUUUUGCCUGUGCGGAAAAAUUGGUUAAAAUGUUAUAUAUAUUUUAAAGAAUUUUUAUAAAUAUCAUUUUUCAAAGAAAACUUUUGUGCCAUUAAAAAAAAUACAACAUCAAUUUGUUUUUACGUGCUUUGUAUAUCAGAUAUCUGCUUCUCGCAGAUACAACUCUUUUACGCUAAUUAAAACUAUUUCUUUUCGAGACAGCUAAGAAAAAUUAGAUACUUCGGACGUGUAGAAAUCCGAAGUAAGAUAAAACAGCGUAUACAUCCCAAGUAUAUAAAUUUUUAUAAAUGCGAAUGGUAAUUUUUUCGAUUUGUGAACACAUGUCGAAUGUGUUUGGUUUAUAUCUCGAACAAAAAAUCUCUUCUGAUAUUUUGUUAAAGUAAACAUUGCGCAAAAUGUCAUUGCGGGUAGGAGUAGAAUUCUUUUUUUUGUUUUAUCGAGAUGUUGUGUCAAUUAUCAACACGAAGAUUUUACUAAUAUAAAACAAUUUAUUUACUCCUUUCUUUGAUUUGACGGUUAAAGUUAUGAUACGAACAGUGCUGCUGCCUCUUGUUUUUAGAUAUAGCUAUUGUACGUGGAAUGAUCGAAAAAAAAUAAGUAUUUUAUAAGAUUAUACGUAUAUAAUUAUUUAUUUAUAAACAGCAAACUGUUUUUCAAUUAAAUUUGUAGACUUAAAUAGUUGUUUUAGUGACGAAUCGUAUAUUGUAAAUACAUGUACACCAUUUAUAUUGAUACACCAAUAUAUUACACCAAUAUAUCGAUUGAACAAUCGAUAUAUUCGCUUAAUAUGCUUAUUAUACAAAAUAUACAUCUCUUUCGUUUGUUUUAUACCUAAUGCGCAUAUGUAUAAACACAGUUACGAGUAUUACGAGUCAGAGAAAACUUUUGCAAAUGUGAGAAGAAAACAAACAUUGAAGAAGUUAUACAUUGUACAUAUAUAAUUUACGCUUAAAAAAUAAAAAUAUAUUGAUA